AUGUCCCUGCGGGGUGGGUCGCUGACUGCCUCAGCUCAGACACGGAUGGCCCUUUUGCAGUGUGAUUGGCAGGGCAAGGUGGCUGAAUGGCAUUUUGGCUUUCGUAUCCAAUCUGCCGGUGUAACCCAAGUCGUUUUCAAGGAAUGGGGAGAUAUCAAGUCCCAUGACCGGGCCAAGAAUGUCCUAAAAUCCUCCGAAUGGGGUAUGUACGCCUUGCAUUGA